AUGGGUGAGACAACUGCUUCAAAUUCUGCUUUGCAAGUGUCUGUUUCUUUUGGUAGAUUUGAGAAUGAUUCUUUGUCUUGGGAGAGAUGGUCUUCUUUCUCUCCUAAUAAGUACUUGGAGGAAGUUGAGAAGUGUGCAACACCUGGAUCAGUAGCACAGAAGAAAGCUUACUUUGAAGCUCAUUACAAGAAGAUUGCGGCUCGGAAAGCUGAAUUGUUGGCUCAAGAGAAGGAAGUUCAGAAAGAUUCUUUCAGAUCAGAAGAUCAAAAUGGUAUAGAUCUAAGUAGUAACGGCAACGUUAAUGCUUGUGAGACUGAUUCGGAAUUCAGUAUAUCUAAAACUCAAGGUACUACUAAGGAAUGCGUUACUCAAGAAAUCGAAAUCAGCUCGGUUGGUGAAACCAGCCAGAGUCGAGUGGAUGAUUUGAAGGGGGAAGUUGCGGUUAAUAGAGAUUAUCAAAGUUCACUCGUUGAGGUGGUAGAGAACAAAGAGGAAGAAAAUGGAUCACAUGGUUCCUACAAGAUAGAUGAGCCUAAAGAAGAUGUGUGUGUAAAACUAGAAGAAAGUCUCGACGUUGAAGCGGAAGAAGUGAAGGAAAUUUCACAUGUUGUGUACAAGGAAACAGAAAAGGCUACACAAGUCGAAGAGAAAGUUGUGAAAUUGGAUCAUCCUAAUGAAUCUAAGGUUAUCUCUGUGAAUAGGGAAAAUAAUGUAGCCAAAACAAAGAAGAAACCGGUGCAACCAAAAUCUAAGGCAUCUCAAAUUUCGACACCGAGAAGUUCAAAGUUGAUAUCAAAUCCAACUAAAACAUCGACGUCUGCUUCUUCAACUAAAAAAGGAAAUUCGCCAUCUUUACCCAAGAGACAAAUUACUUCAAGUGUGGAGAACAAAAAAGCUGCUAACCUAUCUUUGCACAUGUCUAUGAGCUUAGGUCCAAGUAAUUCCGAUCCAGCUCCUCAUACCGCUAUGAGGAAAUCUCUCAACAUGGAGAGCAUGGGGGAUAAGGACAUAGUCAAACCAGUUCCUCAUACCACUAUGAGGAAAUCUCUCAUCAUGGAGAGCAUGGGGGAUAAAGACAUAGUCAAACGAGCAUUUAAGACAUUCCAGAAUGGUUUCAACCAGCUGAAAGCUUCCAGUGAAGUAGACAGGUCUUCGGUAAAAAAACAGGUUCCUUCAAGGGGGACUGCGUCAAAGGUUUCAACAUCUACAGCUUUGCGUAACAAAAAUGGACAGCCAACUACGGUUGAGAGGAUGGACAAAAGAAGUGGAAACGCUGUACGGACUAUGGGCCCAAAAAGUGACACCAAAUCAGAGAAAGGGAAAGAGUCCUCGAGAAAAAUAGAGGAAAAACCUAAUACAAAUGCGGUACAAAGAACGCGUCUCCAAACAAAAUUGAAGGAGGAAAAAGAAGCAGAAAUGAAAAAGCUAAAACAUGAUUUCAAGGCCACAUCCCUAUCAACUUUUAAUCGUGGUCAAAAAGCAUCAAAAAGUCGCACAUAA